CCAAAUUUCAUCUCAAUCCAAUUCCAAUUACCAAAACAUGGCCUCAAAUUACCAUUUUGCCACUGUCGCUCUCCCGCUCUUCCUCCUCUUCGCCACCCUCUCCACGGCGGCGCUGGUGAAGGAGCAACCGCUGAUUCUCAAAUACCACAACGGCGCCCUCCUCAAAGGCUCCGUCACCGUCAACCUCAUCUGGUACGGCAAAUUCACCCCUGCUCAGCGCUCAAUCGUCGUCGAUUUCAUCCAAUCCCUCAACUCCGCCGCCCCGGCGAAGCCCUCCGUCGCCGCCUGGUGGAAGACGACGGAGAAGUACAGCACCGGCGCGUCGACUCUGGUCGUCGGAAAGCAGUUCCUCGACGAGGCCUACUCCCUCGGAAAAUCCCUGAAAAACUCGCACCUCGUCUACCUCGCCGCGAAGGGCGGCCACGCGCCGCGCACGGUCAACGUCGUGCUGACCGCGGCGGACGUCUCCGUCGACGGCUUCUGCCGCAGCCGCUGCGGCAGCCACGGCGCCACGCGCGGCGCGGCGCGCUUCGCCUACGCGUGGGUGGGGAACUCCGCCGCCUUCUGCCCGGGCUACUGCGCGUGGCCGUUCCACCAGCCGGCGUACGGCCCCCAGGCGCCGCCGCUCGUCGCGCCGAACGGCGACGUCGGCGUCGACGGCAUGGUGAUCAAUCUGGCGACGGUGCUCGCCGGAACGGUGACGAAUCCGUUCAACAACGGGUAUUUUCAGGGAUCGGCGGCGGCGCCUCUGGAGGCGGUGAGCGCGUGCACGGGAGUGUUCGGGUCGGGCGCGUAUCCGGGUUACCCUGGCAGCGUAUUAUUGGAUAAGAGCACGGGUGCGAGCUAUAAUGCGCAGGGGGUGAACGGGAGGAAGUAUCUGCUGCCGGCGAUGUGGGACCCGAAGACGUCGCAGUGUGCGACGCUUGUGUGAUUUUGUUGGGUUGGUGGGGUGGGAUCCGGUGCGGGCAAGUGUACGUGUGUAAAUAUGCGGCGCUUGUGUUGUGUUGGGUUGGUUUUUUACUUGUUUGUAUAUCUCUUUUUUUUUGUGUCAUGUGAUAAAUGUGUGGGGAUUUGCAAUAGGGAAAUACUAUAAUAAUUAAUAAUUUGAAAA